AACCCCUUCCGGUUCCGGGUGUAGUUUUCCUCCUCCAUCAGUCCAUCUCCAUUUGGGUUUUCUUCAGACUCAGUUGCUUCUCCAGGAGGCAAAGUGGAUAUCUCUGUGUGUGAAAUUGUGCCCAAGUCGUGAACUUAUGUUCAGGGUAGGUUGCAUUUGAAAUAUGCCUUACUAUUUAAGGUUGAAUUAUGCUACCACGGGAAGUUGAGGACCCCAAUGGGCAUGGUACAAUUCCUGCCUGUGCCAGCGUAGACAAAUGUGGUGAAUAUCCAAUGGAACAAGAGGUCAAUGAGAACAAGGGCGAUACUGCAGAUGGUGUUGGUAACAGAAAUGAGGUUGAGGAUGGAUAUGAAGAUGAAGAUGAGGAAGAGGAUGUAGAUUUCAAUCCUUUAUUAAAGGAUUCUCCUUCUCAAGAAGCUUCUUCAAGCUUGAGCUCUGAAAAUGAAGGUUUGGAUGCUGAUGUUACGGAUAUUAGGGAAAAUGCUUCUGCAUCUGUAGCAACUGAUUCCACAGCAAAGCUUCCCAGUCCAGUGCAGGACUGUCCUGUGGGAGACACUGACCCAGGUGAAGAGGUUGUGACACAGACUGAAACUUCUACUGCAGGAGAAUGUAAAAAAGGCUCCGAAAUUGGGUCCCUGCAUGAAAAGAGUGAAGGAUCAGGCAGCCGGAUGUUUGUUGAUAGUGAUUUGGUGGCUGGGGAGUUCAGCCCUGCUGUACAUUCCGGGAAGCCUGUAAUAAAUAUGGACGAUGAGGAUGCAAUUUGCAUGCGCACAAGAGCUCGAUACUCACUUGCUAGCUUUACACUUGAUGAAUUGGAGACUUUUCUUCAAGAAACAGAUGAUGAUGAUGACCUUCAAAAUGUUGAUGAUGAAGAAGAGUACAGGAAAUUUCUUGCUGCUGUUCUACUUGGUGGGGAUGGGGACCCUCAAAGUGCACAAGAGAAUGACAAUGUUGAUGAUGAAGAUGAAGAAAAUGAUGCAGACUUCGAGCUUGAAAUUGAAGAGGCACUUGAGAGUGACAUUGAUGAGGAUGCAAGGGAUGGGAUUCAAGAAGAGGUUUAUGAUGUUGCUGGUCGCCGACCCAAGACUAGGCAAAAUAGACGCAAGAAAGCUUCUGUUGAAGGCAACAAGAAGCUUUUGGGGCAGUCGAAGAGGCCAUUACGCCCGCUCUUACCAAGUGCACCUCUAGCACAACGGCUGCCUUUUGCAACUCUGGAUGGGAAAAGCUUCAUAAUGAACCAUGCUGCAGAUUUUCCUCCUUCAACAACUGAUGGAUCUAUAAAUGGAUUUUCUCCACAUCAGAUUGGGCAAUUGCAUUGUCUGAUCCAUGAACACAUGCAGCUUCUUGUUCAGGUAUUUUCCAUUUGUGUACUUGAGCCUUCUCGACGGCACAUAGCUGCCAAAGUUCAGGAAUUGAUUAAAGAGAUGCUUCAUGUACGUGAUCAUGUGUUAGCAUGGAGAAGAUUACCAUAUCCUAGUUUCUGCUUCUUUCCUCCUCACAUUCAUCCAUCAGUGCCAAAUGAAGCACCCAGAAUUUCCCCAGUGCCAUGCAUUGAUGAAUCUUCUUCUGUUGUUGACGUUUGGAGAAGCUGUCCUUCAGGGAAUAACAUGGUACCGCCUGAUAUCAUCUCUGCUUCAAAAGGAAGACGUGAGUCUCUUCGUGAUGGCCAUGGUCCUGAGGGUUCCUUCUGGAUGCCAUACAUAAAUGGUUCAGUAUUGUCUGUAAUGGAUGUAGCUCCACUCAGAUUAGUUGGGAACUUUGUGGAUGAUGUUUCUGCUGUGGUGCAGGAAUAUCAUAGACGCCAAGUGGGACUUACGUGUGAUACUCGCUCAGAAAGGGAACCGUUAUUCCCUUUAAGCUGUUUCCCUGCUUCUGAACCAUGUGAUCAAAUUUUGAGAGGUGCUGAUUCUCCAACUUUGAGUGUGGCACAUUUGUCACCUAAAAGUGAUCGAACACCUAAGAAGACAAUGGCAUCUGCCCUAGUUGAAAGGGCCAAAAAGCAAUCAGUUGCUCUAGUUCCAAAGGAGAUUGCUGAGAUAGCUCAGAGAUUUUAUCCCUUGUUUAAUCCUGCCCUUUACCCUCAUAAGCCACCCCCUGCCCCUCUUGCAAACCGUGUACUUUUCACCGAGGCAGAGGAUGAAUUAUUAGCAUUGGGGUUAAUGGAAUAUAAUACAGACUGGAAAGCAAUUCAGCAGCGCUUUCUUCCUUGCAAAUCUAAGCAUCAGAUUUUUGUAAGGCAGAAGAAUCGUUCGUCCUCUAAAGCACCUGAAAAUCCAAUAAAGGCAGUUCGAAGGAUGAAAAAUUCUCCCUUGACAGCUGACGAAAUAGCACGCAUAGAAGAGGGGUUGAAGAUAUUUAAACUUGAUUGGAUGUCCAUAUGGAAGUUUUUUGUUCCUUAUAGAGAUCCAUCCUUGCUACCUCGGCAAUGGCGUAUUGCUAAUGGAACUCAAAAGUCAUAUAAAUGUGACGCAACUAAAAAUGCAAAGCGGCAGCUAUAUGAAAGAAACAGGAGAGCAAGCAAACCUGCAGCUUUGCCCAACUGGCAGACUUCACCAGAGAAAGAGGAUAAUAGCACGGAUAAAGUUUGUGUAGACAAAAAUAAUGUACGUAAUCAGAUGGACAGAGAAGAGGAAUCUUAUGUUCAUGAGGCAUUUUUGGCAGAUUGGGGACCAGGUACCUCCAAUCUUGCUUCCAGUUUUCCCAACUCACAGCAGCAGGAGAAGUCCCCUCUGCAACCACCAUUGCAGGAGGGCUCCCAAGUCAGUGAACAACUGCAUAGGAGUGGGUCAGAAGGUGCCCAAGCCCCUAUCUUCAAUGAAUUUCCAGCCGCUGUAAGGUCAUCUAGCUCUCAAGUAUGUGGCAGACCCUAUCGUGCACGUAGAGUUAAUAAUGCCCGUCUAGUGAAAUUAGCUCCAGACCUGCCUCCUGUAAAUCUUCCACCCUCUGUCCGUGUGAUGUCACAGUCUGCUUUUAAGAGCUAUCAGGGUGGAGCAACUGUGCAGCCUUCAAGUGCCAAUUCUUCUGUUAUAGGUCCUGGAGCAGAAGCUGGAGUUGGGAAAGUGGUUAAGCAUACUGCAAAUUCAGGAGUUUGUAAUUCAGCAAAAGCAGGACAAAUUACAAUAAGCCCUGUGAACGCCAACACUAGUAAUCGGCAGCCUCGAGAUUCUCUAAUCAUCAGGAAUAAGGAUGCUUCUGAAGAAAGAGAUGAGUCUGAUCUUCAGAUGCAUCCUUUACUGUUUCAGGCCCCUGAAAACAGUCAUUUUCCAUAUUAUCCAUUGCACUCUAGUGCAAGUGCUUCUAGUUCUUUUAACUUCUUUGCAGGAAGUCCACCCCAAUUAAAUCUGAGUCUCUUCCACAAUCCACGCCAUGCAAACAGUGCUGUUAAUUUCCUUGCAAAGUCAUUGAAGCCGAGUGAAUCAGGUUCAUCUUGUCGGGUUGAUUUUCAUCCACUUCUUCAAAGAUCUGAGGAUGUGAAUUCCAGCUCAGUGGCUGCAUGUUCCACAGCUCAAUUUUCAGCAAAUUUAGAGACAUCUGAGGGAAGAUGUGCUCAGGUUCAAAGUCCAUUAGGUGGCACACCUAGUAUGUGUCGUGCGCAUAAUAGUUCCGCUGCCUCUGCAGUGAGCCCCGGUCAAAAGAUUAAUGAACUUGACUUGGACAUAUGCCUCAGUUCCACAUCCAGACAGCACAAGGCACUAGGAAGUGAAGAUGUAAAUGAAUGUGGUACUGCUGUAUCAGUAGCAAAUGCCAAGGAUUUUAGAAACCUAGGAUCUCCAAUGCCAAAGGAUUCUUUGAAACAGUCCAGCCAAUAUAUGCCUGUGGCUUAUGCUCCAGACAAAAUUGGCAGUAAGUUGGAUUCGGGUGUCCAUGCGGUGGUUGUAGCUAGUGAUGAAGGAAACAGGAGCAGUGCUGAUAAUACUGAGGACCAAUCUCUUCCAGAAAUUGUAAUGGAGCAGGAGGAGUUAAGUGACUCUGAGGAUGAAGUUGGAGAGAAUGUGGAGUUUGAAUGUGAAGAGAUGGCAGAUUCAGAAGCAGAGGAGGGAUCUGAUUCUGACCAGAUGGUUGACAUGCAAAAUGAGGAUGUGGAGAAGGCAGAUGCUGAUGCCGAUUCUAAUGAUCAACAGGACGAUCCAAUUAGGUGUGAUGAUUCAGAAGGCAAUGCUUUUCAAACCGUAGAAGGCUGCCAGAUGGGCAAGAAAAUUGAUCAUUCCUCCAGCUCUUUAUCUUUAAAUUUAAACUCCUGUCCUCCAGGCUCUCCUUUAAUGAAGAAGCCCAACAAUGGAAGUCUAAAGGGCAGUAAUACAGCUCCAGACGAGAAGGUUCAUUCUGGUGCCAGAGCAGCUACUGAAAACAUUCCAUCAAAUGAUGACAAUGUAGCGUCUCAGAAGCAAGUCGUGGAGCUUGGAUCACAAUCAAAUCUGAAUUCUGGCAUCACUUCAUCGAAAAAACCUAGAAAACGUGCAUGUGGUGCGGAUUUGCGCUUACGGAGGGGCACACCAAAAAGAAGAAAUACAAGCUUGAAAACUGAUACGAACUCAGCAAAGUCCAAGCAAGACAGCUAGGGUUAAUUCGGCUAGGUAUGGAUAGCUCUUCAAUUUUUUCAAACGUUCGAGUUUGUUAGGCUUAUUCUACUCGUCUUGGAGGUGGUGCUAUGCCAAAUUUCAACACCUUGAGUUGUAAAUAAAAGGUGAAGUUUUGUCUGUAGAUUGGUGGAUCUCAAGAGGUAAGAGUGGGGGAUUCUUGUAUUUGCACAAAUCCCCCACAAGGCCUCCUGAAUUUUGGUUUUAAUGGCAUCAAAGAAAGAGAGAUAAUCAGAUUGAAGUUUCUUUAAUCUCUGAGAACAGUCAGAGUUGGUGAACGGCUAUACAAAACUCGCAUAAUUAAUGCCAAAUGCAUUUAGAUUUGUGAAUCCAUUUUUGUUCUUUGUUGAUCCAAGGGACUCUUUAUCUCUAUGCCUUCCUUAUAUGGGGGGAAGGGGGAAGGAGAGGGCACAGAAAAA